AUGACUUCCCACUCACUAAAAUACUUUUUUAAGUCAACAUAUCUCAUACUGCCAUCAAUAUCUUUCUGGUAUUUCAGUCUGUUCAUAUCUAUCUGGCUCAGUCUGUGCAUAUCUAUCUAUCUAUCUAUCUCAUCUGUGCAUAUCUAUCUAUCUAUCUAUCUAUCUAUCUAUCUAUCUAUCUAUCUAUCUAUCUAUCUAUCUAUCUAUCUAUCUCAGUCUGUUCAUAUCUAUUUAUCCCUGUUCAUAUCUAUCUAUUUCUGCCUGGUCAUAUCAGUCUAUCUCUGUUCAUAUCUAUCUAUCUAUCUAUCUAUCUAUCUAUCUAUCUAUCUAUCUAUUCUGUUCAUAUCUAUCUAUCUAUCUAUCUAUCUAUCUAUCUAUCUAUCUAUCUGUCUAUCUAUCUAUCUAUGUCAGCCUCUUCAUCUCUAUCUAUCUAUUACUGUGUUCAUAGAUUCUAUUCUUGCCUUUGAUAUUUUUUCUUCAAUAAAUUUGAAUCUGAUUCUUUUCUGGGUUUUUGUUCCUUAA